GGUGAAUCACGAUGGGGCCGUUCCAAGAAUAUGAGGAAAAGAAAUCACCUGGAAAAGGAAGUCCCCGCAGCCGCAUCCCACGUUUGGUCCCUCACCCUUUCCAACCAAAAGACAAAGGGUCACCUCUGUCUGACUCCCCGUUCUCAGAGGAGGAGGGUAAAGAGUGUGAUGUCAGCUCGGACCACUCCAAGAGGACCAUCAGCACCAACAGCUUUUGCUCUGAUGACACUGGCUGCCCCACUAGUCAGUCUGUGUCCCCCUCCAAAACCCCGUCAGGCUCAGAGCGCAGUACCCACGGAUCGCCAAGACUCCCAGAGCGCAAGACCAAAGCGAAAAGGGUGAGGGUGAUGACGGAGGGCAGCGGGGAGGCACGGAGUGCGCCGAGGCACAAGAGGGAGCUGAGGUCAGCCAUGAAGGCCAGAGGAAGUGAGGCAGACUUCAGCUCCUCCAGCAGCACAGGCAGCUUGAAGACCAAGGAGAGCCUCACCUCCAGCUCAGUUGUUGGGAAGAAACCUUCACGGAGUCGUGGCGCUCACAUCCGACCAGCCCCGGUGUUCAAACCACCUGGUGUCACAACUGUUACCCGUGAUGCUGAACUUUACGCUCCCUACAGAACUCCUCCCAGGGCGUCGUCCUCCACCUUCAGCAGCAGCUGCAACUCCAGCCCCACUUCAAGAAGGGUCUGCUUGAGUCGCUACCACUCCUGCGGAGAGAACCAUGGCAUCAGGCCACCGAACCCUGAACAGUAUCUGACCCCCCUGCAGCAGAAGGAAGUGGCCAUCAGACACCUGAAGACCCAGCUGCUGGAGUCUGAGAAUAAAGUUCAUGACAGAGAGAUGGAGGUUGAGGAUCUUAAGAGCCAGCUUAGCAGAAUGAGGGAAGACUGGAUUGAAGAGGAAUGCCACAGAGUGGAAGCUCAGCUGUCCCUCAAAGAAGCCCGUAAAGAGAUCAAACAGCUGCGCCAGGUGGUGGAAACCAUGAAGAGCAGCCUGAUGGAGAAGGAUAAGGGAAUACAGAAGUACUUCAUAGAUAUCAACAUCCAGAACAGGAAGUUGGAGUCCCUGCUGCAUAGCAUGGAGUUAGCCCAGAGUGGCUCCACCCUCCAAGAUGAAAACGCCCUGGAUUUUAUGUGCGACGGCCCCGAAGGCGGUGGGAAAAAGUUGAUGGGGAGGGUGGAGCUGGGAGACCAAGGAGUGGAAGCAAUGGCAGACAGCGGGCUGUUAGUAAACGAUGAGAUGGCCAACAGGGCGGACAUUUUUGAGCAGGUCUUCAUGUCCACUACAGUGGACUUCAGCCAGGACUCCAGCUGCCAGCCAGGGGUCACGGGGGAGUUUGGAACUGGGGUGCCAGCUUUGCCAGAAGAGGGACAGUUGACUCAUUCAUCCACUGCAUCUCCACCACUUUCAACCACUGUCACCGUUUCUUCAAACAUUCCCUCCCAGCAGAAAACAGAAGAUGAAGGAAUCCAGACAGAUCCAGUGCCCACAUCUCAGGACCUGCAGGCUCUGCUUCUUCAGCUCCUCAAGUUACAUGGUACUUCACUUGAGGGUGAAGCUCUCUCUGCUCCUUUCGUUCCAUCCUCGUCCCAACUCCUGGAACUCCCAAACCUACCCAGUUCCUCUACUGCAGACCAACGGGACACUAAACCUCCCCAACCCGGCGUGUGUCCAAGUAAUCCUGAAGGCUCUGCAGGUUCUGGUGCACGCUGCUCAGAGGCUACAGAGAGCCGCCGCUUCAUGGAGGAGCUGGACUUUGGAGUCCCAGAGGAGAAGCUUCGUCCAUCUCCAGAGCUGAGUGUGGUGGGUAAACGUUACUGGAGCAACAACUUUCUGGUUGAUCUGGUGGCGGUGGCCGCCCCAGUGCUGCCCACACUGGCCUGGCUGUACUCGCGGCACGGUGUGGACGGAAACCCUCCGGUGUACAACAUCGCUGCUCUGAUCAGGGGCUGCUGCAUCAUGGGGUUGCACUCGCUUCGUCGCGUUGCUCACAGGCCGGAUGCCUAACUGCUUUCAUCCUGCAUGCGUACACCUAACUUUGAUCCAAAUGCACUUAAGCAUAUUUUCAAGAGUCUUGAUCUGUUUUCGUUCUGUUUGAGAUCAGCGCAGCACUGUUAAUUUGCACAUGAGUUGGAGUUCAAUGGUAACAUGAACGGUAUUAAAUGUAACCGUUUAUACAUUUAAUGUUUCCUUUUGUAAGCAAAUCAUCUUGGUAGAUGGUUAUGUGUUAUCAUUGUCUUGUUUUUUUUGUUUUGUUUGUUUUUUUUUACCCAAGUUUGUUAAAAAUUAGUUGUUUUUUUUUCUAUGAGAAGGAAAACCGGCUGCUACGCUGUUUGCAUUCUGUGUUCUUUGUGUUACUGUUCUUAAAGAAACCUUAAACCUUCAGCCAAAGCUUUAAUGUGAGUUCACGGUUCUGUAAAGUCCCCCCCCCC